UUCCGGUUGUAAGGGUGUUUUCCUCCUCUGCAAUGAAAAUAUAACAGAAAGGGAGGUGAUGAUACACAGUUAACAGGGAGAGAGAACUAACAAGAUGAGGAGGAGGAAGGAUGGAUCUAUGUUUACUGUGGUUAAAUACAUUUUCUUCUUCUUCAAUGUCCUUAUAUGGUUACUUGGCUGUGGCGUGUUGGCUGUAGGCAUCUGGAUACAGGUCAAUAAAGGUCCAUAUAUAGCCAUCCUGCCUAGUCAUAGUUUCCUGAGUGCAUCAGCAUUGUGCAUCGCAGUGGGAGCCAUCAUUCUUAUUGUCGGCUUUUGUGGUUGUUGUGGUGCUCUGGUAGAAAAUCAAUGUAUGCUUGUAGCCUAUUUUGUCUUUGUGUUCGUGAUAUUUGGACUAGAGGUGGCCAUAACUGUUCUGGGUUUCUCCAACAAACACCAGAUUCGUUCAACAGCUGAGCAGGAAUUGACAUACAGCAUAGAACAUGUGACAAGUCCAAGGAUUGAGAAGACACACCAGGAAGGCGUCCUAGCUAUGAUAGACACCAUACAACAUGAUCUCCAGUGUUGUGGUAUGAACAAUUACACUGACUGGUACACCAUUGGGAACCUGUCCAAAGGAGAGUCCAUCCCAUCUUCUUGUUGUAUAUACAAGGGAGAGAACUGUGGCAAAUCCACCAACCUUCGCUUUUACAAACGAGGAUGUUUGAAGGAGAUUGAGUAUUGGUUCCUGCAAAAUAUGUAUGUGCUAGGUAUCGUGGCACUUCUAGUCGGGGUAGUACAGAUUUCAGCAAUGGUAGCAGCUGUGGCAUUGUUUUGUUGCCUGAGAAAGGACGAAUAUCUGUAGGGAGGUACAAUUAUCUCCAGAAAGAUACAAACAUGGUAUGAAUAUCUAAAGAUCACCCAUCUCCUAAUGAUCUCUAAUAAGAAAUGAAUCUGUGAGACCUGUGUUGCUGAGACAGAUAACGAUACAGAGAGGAGGGCUUAUGCUUGGAGAAUCUCCGUGGAGGAAUGUCCCCCCACCCCCAACAUCAGUGUAAUUAAUUGUGCUUAUUAGUAAUUUGAGAUUGUUAGAGUGAUUUCAUCGGAACCGAUUCCUUUGGGAACAGGUGUUGAUUGAGCGGUAUUAUGUGAUCGAGUUAAGACCUGUGUUUUAUCUAGCUGUAUAGUCAUGUGAUUAGAGAGUGUGUAUUGUUAAAAGUGUUGAUCACCACUCUGUCUAAUUAAACUCAGUUAACUAGAAACGAGAUAUGAUUAUGUAUGUUAUCACAUCAAACAGAAACACCAUAGAAAAAAUGACAUUCAAGAUCUCAAACUCUGACAGUCAAUCUUACCUUCAUAAUGUCAUCAUAUUGUGGAAUGGAAUCCAUUAUCAUGUUAAUGUUUACGAGUUGCCCGCUGAUUUUUAAUGGCAAAACAACAUUUUGUUUUAUUAUAUAUCUGUAUAAUAUUACCAUUUGUAGAAAGCUUUGGGUCCACAUACAUACCUAUACAAGUUUUAUAAGUCAGUGAGCUGAAGUUUUCUGUAAACUUGUACACAAUUUUAUGUCAGUGAGCUGAAGUUUUCUGUAAACUUGUACACAAUUUUAUGUCAGUGAGCUGAAGUUUUCUGUAAACUUGUACACAAUUUUAUGUCAGUGAGCUGAAGUUUACUGUAAACUUGUACACAAUUUUAUGUCAGUGAGCUGAAGUUUACAGUAAAGUUGUACACAUUUUUAUGUCAGUGAGCUGAAGUUUUCUGUAAACUUGUACACAAUUUUAUGUCAGUGAGCUGAAGUUUUCUGUAAACUUGUAGACAAUUUUAUGUCAGUGAGCUGAAGUUUACAGUAAACUUGUAGACAUUUUUAUGUCAGUGAGCUGAAGUUUUCUGUAAACUUGUACAUGCUUUUUUGUCAGUGAGCUGAAGUUUACUGUAAACUUGUACACAUUUUUAUGUCAAUGAGCUGAAGUUUACAGUAAACUUUAACAUGUUUCUAUGUCAGUGAGCUGAAGUUUACUGUAAACUUGUACAUGUUUUUUGUCAGUGAGCUGAAGUUUACUGUAAACUUGUACACAUUUUUAUGUCAGUGAGCUGAAGUUUUCUGUAAACUUGUACAUGUUUUUUGUCAGUGAGCUGAAGUUUACAGUAAACUUGUACACAUUUUUAUGUCAGUGAGCUGAAGUUUUCUGUAAAAUUUAACAUGUUUUUAUGUCAGUGAGCUGAAGUUUACAGUAAACUUUAACAUGUUUUUAUGUCAGUGAGCUGAAGUUUUCUGUAAACUUUAACAUGUUUUUAUGUCAGUGAGCUGAAGUUUUCUGUAAACUUGUACACAAUUUUAUGUCAGUGAGCUGAAGUUUACAGUAAACUUUAACAUGUUUUUUUGUCAGUGAGCUGAAGUUUACUGUAAACUUGUACAUGUUUUUAUGCCAGUGAGCUGAACUUUACUUUAAAUAUUUUUAUGUCAGUGAGCUGAAGUUUGAAGUUAACUGUAAACUUGUACAUUCUUUUUGUCAGUAUGCAGAAGUUUACUGUAAACUUGUACAUUCUUUUUGUCAGUAUGCAGAAGUUUACUGUAAACUUGUACAUUCUUUUUGUCAGUAUGCAGAAGUUUACUGCUGCAGUGUAAAUUUUGUAAUUACAUUUAUAUUCUAUUGUCCAUAAAUGUGGAAAUAUCCCUCAAAGUUCUUUCCAUUUCUGUCUGAAAAUUCCCUUUCCUGUGUGAAUGAACAUGGAGAAAUACAUUACUUUGGAGAGCCAAGACCAUAAAUCAAACUCAGGUUGCCAGCUCUACCAAUCCAUCCAAACAAGCAUGUUCUCUUAGCUUGGUGACAGAGACCGUAUUUAACACUAUAUACAAGCCACACCGACCCAUCAGCUUGGUGACAGAGACCGCAUUUAACACCAUAUACAAGCCACACCGACGCUAAGCUUGGUGACAGAGGCCGUAUUUAACACUAUAUACAAGCCACACCAACCCAUCAGCUUGGUGACAGAGACCGUAUUUAACACCAUAUACAAGCCACAGCGACUGAUCAGCUUGGUGACAGAGACCGUAUUUAACACUAUAUACAGGCCUCACUGACCCCUAAGCUUGGUGACAGAGGCCGUAUUUAACACUAUAUACAAGCCACACCGACCCAUCAGCUUGGUGACAGAGGCCGUAUUUAACACUAUAUACAAGCCACACCAACCUGUCCGCUUGGUGACAGAGGCCGUAUUUAACAUUAUAUACAAGCCACACCAACCUGUCCGCUUGGUGACAGAGGCCGUAUUUAACAUUAUAUACAAGCCACACCGACCCAUCAGCUUGGUGACAGAGACUGUAUUUAACACUAUAUACAAGCCACACCGACCCAUCAGCUUGGUGACAGAGGCCGUAUUUAACACUAUAUACAAGCCACACCAACCUGUCUGCUUGGUGACAGAGACCGUAUUUAACAUUAUAUACAAGCCACACCGACCCAUCAGCUUGGUGACAGAGGCCGUAUUUAACACUAUAUACAAGCCACACCAACCUGUCUGCUUGGUGACAGAGACCGUAUUUAACAUUAUAUACAAGCCACACCAACCUGUCCGCUUGGUGACAGAGGCUGUAUUCGACACUAUAUACAAGGGUCUUGAAGAAGGAUAGAUAUUGACCAUUUGAUUGGUCCAGUUUACUGCUCCAGAGCUCAUCAAGGACCAUGGCGGAUAACCUUUUCAUACAUGUAAUGAUUAAUAUUUAAAAUGACUACAUUGCUUGGCCAUUUUGUUGACAUGUUGUCUGUUGGUGUAGUGUACUGGUGUGGUUCCGAAUUAUCAAUCUAAAAUAUAAUGGUUGUUGAAUUGAUGCUACAAUGUGCCAAUGUGCUGUAAGUAAUAAUAUAACAUUGAAUUUGUUAAAUAUAGUAGGAUCUUAUUGGCUAUUCAUUUUAUAGAUAUUGUGAAAGGCUUUUUAGAAGUUUUUGUGAGCUUGGACGAGCAAAAGUUAAAACAUCCAGAACAUGUUAAGUACAAUUAUCACAUGAAAUGAAAGACUUGUCGUAUAACUCAGAAAAGUUUCAGUUAAACAAGUUUACACUAAAGAUGUAGUAUAUUACAUGCAGAAAUAUGACAUGCUUUGGGGUUAAUUUACUGUAUAACAAUUAUGUGAUAAAAACUUGACUCGACAUCAGAUGUAUCAAAAUACAUGUCAAGUGCUCAGACACCUCUGGUUUGGAUUUGGUGUCAGAAUUGUGAUGUCUCAAUAAAGCAAAAACUAUGAGAAAUCUUUCAGAAAUAAACCGGUUUCCACCAAAAAAGUGUGAUAAAUUGGUAUACUUCUUUGCAGAUUUAAGACAUUAAGAAACAAUUCUAAGAUUGAUUUUUCUCUAGAAGUAUUUUCUCACGAUUUUUCCUCCAAUGCUUGCUUUAUCAUCAAUACACUGUAAAUGACAUUAUACUUUGUCUUAUGUACUUUGCAAUAAAGUGUUGUUUUUUCAUA